AUGGCGGCGGCGGCGGCGGUGGGGGGCAUUACCACCUUUCCUGACGACGGAGGAGGCGGCGGCGGCAGCGGUGGCCCCUUCCCGCCUGGACACUUCAAGGACCCCAAGCGGCUGUACUGCAAAAACGGAGGCUUCUUCCUGAGGAUUAACCCUGACGGCCGAGUGGACGGAGUCCGGGAAAAGAGCGACCCGCACAUCAAAUUAAUACUUCAAGCUGAAGAGAGAGGUGUGGUGUCAAUCAAAGGUAUACGUGCAAACCGUUUCCUUGCUAUGAAUGAAGAUGGACGAUUGUUAGCAUUGAAAUAUGUAACAGAUGAAUGCUUCUUUUUUGAACGCUUGGAAUCUAAUAACUAUAACACAUAUCGGUCUCGUAAAUAUUGUGAUUGGUACAUUGCACUGAAACGAACUGGUCAAUACAAACUAGGACCAAAAACUGGACGAGGACAGAAAGCUAUUCUUUUUCUUCCAAUGUCUGCCAAAAGUUGAUUUGAGUGUCACAGCUCAUAAAAUAUUGUGCAACAAUAGAUGUUCCCUCCUCCACAAUACAAAUUAAUGUGAUAUUUUCCAAUAUUUGCUGAUUGAUUUCAUAUCAUUAAUGUGUAGAACUGUAACACUGAAAACCGUUUUCAUUCUCCAUUUAUAUAAGGGUGUUUGUAUGUGCAUACUAACCUGAGUGUGGCAUGAAGACAUGGUUCCAUUUAAAUAUGUUGGUUAGUUAAGUAUUUCCAACUAGAUUUUAUAAUCAUUUUAAUCUGAUGGUUUAGGAGUAGAAUUCUGAUUUAGGCUAUUGAAUGUGAAAAAGGUUUUAAAAUAUGCAUAGU